ACUUGCUGCUUUCACUUUCAAUCUUAGUAUAAAUUCGUUCGCAGCCUUGCAGCGGCACUUGGAGUUGUUUAUCCAGCCAGAUCAGCAGGAUCACCAAGGUGGCGAUUCAUCUCUCAACUAACUAAUAUGUCUAGUCCCGAGCUACAGCAGCUUGCCCUUGAGCUUUCAACUGCCCAGAAUGAGACUAAGAAAAAGGUCUUUGUGAUCUACACUGGAGGAACAAUCGGCAUGAAGGAACAAGAAGAUGGACUUAAACCAGUACCAGGAGCACUUGUCCCAUUCCUUCGAACGCAACCCAGCCUACAUGAUCCAAAAUACCCUGAAAAGCUUCCUGAAAAUACAUUGGUUCUUCCUCUCUCUAGAAUGAAUAUGAGGGUGAUUUAUACAGUGUCUGAAUAUGACCCACUUCUCGACUCCAGUAACAUGAAUGCAAAGGAUUGGGCUAAAAUUGCUAGCGAUAUACAGAAAAACUAUGGCAACUAUGAUGGUUUUGUGGUUCUUCAUGGUACAGAUACCAUGGCAUACACCUCUUCAGCUCUUUCAUUCAUCUGCAAGGACCAUCAAAAAUCUAUCGUUUUGACUGGCUCUCAGGUGCCUAUUUAUGAGCCCAAAAAUGAUGCCCGUGAUAACUUGCUCGGAGCACUGCUGAUCGCCUCUCAGUUUCAGAUACCUGAGGUUACUCUGUACUUUAAUCACAAACUAUUCAGAGGAAAUCGUGUGACAAAAGUGGAUGCUACUAAUUACGCUGCCUUUGAUUCACCCAACUAUCCUCCACUCCUCAAUGCUGCCAAGGACUUUAAAGUUGACUGGGACCUUGUCUGGGAUUCAACUGCUGCAGAGAGUUUUGACAUCAACACUGAUCACAUCCCAAUUGUGAGGUUGCUGAAGUUUUUUCCUGGAUUUGAUGCUAACAUGGUGAGAGCGGUUCUGUCUGUUCCGGCUGAAUCGGUGAGAGCAGUUUCAGCUGAACUGGUGACAGAAGAUCCAGCUGAACUGAUGACAGACGGUCUGGCUGAACUGAUGACAGAAGAUCCGGCUGAACCGGCGACACACGUUCUGGAAUUAUUAAAAGAGGUGAAAGGAGCUGUGGUGGAGUCUUUUGGAGCAGGUAAUUCUCCAAAUGAUCCAAAGAUACUGCAAGAAUUCAAGCAGGCUGUUGAUCGUGGAGUGCUGAUCAUGAACUGCACUCAGUGUUUGAAAGGGACUGUGACAAUGGAUUACAACACAGGACAGCUUCUGGAGGAGCAAGGAUUGAUUCCUGGACGUGAUAUGACCCCUGAAGCUGCAAUUGGAAAAUUGUUCUAUGUGCUGGGCAAGAAGGACUUGACACCAGAGGCGAGGCGUGAAAUGCUGAAAAGAAGCAUAAGAGGAGAAAUGACAAUCGAUCGAAAGAUCUUCCAAGAACAGCAGUAAUUCCUUCAAACAGUUUUCAAGGUUUUGAAUGACAAUUUUUAAGUUGUCUAGUUUAAUCUCGCAGUGAAGUAAAGACUAAUGCCAAUUCUUUACAAUUGAUCAAGCUUUAUUAAUUCAAAUUAGUAAUCUUAUGAAAAGAAUACCGCAGAAUAUUGUUUAUGCAUCCAAGUACAUUUCAAAAUGAUUGAGGCUGGCCAAAUAAAAUGUUGCAGAAGAGAUGAAGGAGUAUGUCCAAUUUAAUGUCCACCAAAAGGUAUUCAGUUACUGCUGUCCGUUCAAUCAACAAAAAGAUAUCCAGAUACUGCAGUACUGUUACUUAAUUUAAGAGCGUCAAUAAAGUUGUUGACAGUC